CCGUGAGAUUCCUCUUUUCUUUGUAUAAAAAACACCAAAUUUCAUUUCGUUUUGUUCGGGGACGACAAAAAUUGAUUAGGUAAUGGAACAGCCGAUGAGUUCUUCAGGAGAAGACGAGUGUUUGAGCUGGGCUGCAAGAGAUCCAUCUGGUUUCCUCUCUCCUCACACAUUCACUCGCAGGUCUGUUACAAGUGAUGAUGUGUCACUAAAAAUCACACACUGUGGUGUCUGUUACGCUGAUGUCAUCUGGACUAAAAACAAACAUGGUGACUCUAAGUACCCUUUGGUUCCUGGGCAUGAGAUUGCUGGAAUAGUGAGUAAGGUAGGAUCUAAUGUCACUCGGUUCAAAGCUGGAGACCAUGUUGGUGUUGGAACGUAUGUUAACUCCUGCAGGGAGUGUGAUUACUGUGACGAAGGACAAGAGGUUAGUUGUGUGAAAGGGCAAGUUUUCACUUUCAAUGGCGUUGAUUAUGAUGGCUCUGUUACUAAAGGAGGUUACUCUAGCCACAUUGUUGUUCACGAGAGGUACUGUUAUAAGAUACCUGUGGACUAUCCUUUGGAAUCAGCUGCACCGUUACUAUGUGCUGGAGUGACUGUUUAUGCGCCUAUGAUGCGUCACAAUAUGAAUCAGGCUGGUAAAUCUCUUGGGGUUAUUGGUCUUGGUGGGCUUGGUCACAUGGCGGUUAAGUUUGGUAAGGCUUUUGGACUUCAUGUGACUGUUUUCAGCACUAGCAUUUCCAAGAAAGAGGAGGCUUUGAAUCUGCUGGGAGCUAAUAACUUUGUUAUCUCCUCUGAUCAUGACCAAAUGAAGGCACUAGGGAAGUCUCUAGACUUUAUCGUUGACACAGCAUCUGGUGAUCAUCCGUUUGAUCCUUACAUGUCGCUUUUGAAGAUUGCUGGAACUUAUGUCCUGGUUGGUUUCCCAAGUGAGAUUAAAAUCCAGCCUGCUACUCUCAACCUUGGUAUGAGAGUGCUUGCGGGAAGUGUAAGUGGAGGUACUAAGGUGACUCAGGAGAUGAUAGAUUUCUGUGCAGCUCAUAAGAUUUAUCCUAACAUAGAGGUGAUUCCUAUUCAGAAGGUUAAUGAAGCUAUUGAAAGGGUGGUGAAGAAGGACAUCAAGUACCGGUUUGUGAUUGAUAUCGAGAAUUCUCUGAAAUAGAAAAACAUAGAUGGUGCUAGUCUAAUAAAAGAACACUCCUAUGAGUUGUGAAGAAGAGAGGAGGAUUAAGAGAAUCCUUGGCCUCGUUUAGAGGUUUUCUGAACGUUUGUAAACCUGAUAUCCACAAAGCACAACAUGCACAAUGGCUGCUGGAAAGUGAUUUUCUGUAAUAGAAGAACACUCACUGCUACAGCUAUGAUUGUUCUUUGUGUUUCUUGAUGAAAUAAACACGUGGAGAUUAUUGGGAACAUAUAAAUUCACAUUAAGAUGAUGUUACUGGUUUUUGUAUUUAGAACGUGUUAUGAUUCUAAAUCAAAUAAGUUGCUAUGGAU